AUGCCUUACGAUUUGCAUACAUAUGCGACUGGUGCCUCUGUGAUUAUGGCAUGCAAAAGCACGCUGGGGAGAAAAGAACUUGUGCAACAGCAAGUGCAGGUAGCCAAAUUGGCCAUGAUCGAGGCGGUGGUGAAUGCUGUGUUUUCAGGAGUGCAAACUGGAACAGUCCCUCCUAAGCUCCUUGUUCGUGCAGCAAGUGCAAAAUCCGAGCAGUACCUCAGGGGCAAGGUUUCCCAGUAUGAAAUACUGCCGGUGGUCACACCAGAGGAUAUGCAGAUACUUCUUGAUCUGAAGCGCGUGCAAAACUGGGUGGGCUCUAUGUAUAUCGACCGGAGCAGCGAGGAAAAUAAGGGUGUUAUUUUGCGAAUGGUAACUGGAGCCGGAAUCAAUGUCUAUGAGGGGCCCCUGAAUCUUAGUCCAUUUGCUGCUCCAUGA